AUGUCGUCCUUUCGCGUGCCCGGCUCGUCAGAGCCUGUGCGAGAAGACUCAGAUAGCCAUGCCUCGUCGAGAACCUCCGCGGCCGAUCCGUCCCUUUCGGCUGUUCCGCAGCAUCCACACAGCAGCGGAAGACCCGCCGUCGACCCUCCCGCCGCAGCUUCAUCCCCACGCCACGAACUGGCUUCGGUCAAGCAUCCGGUCAUCCCUCGACAAAGCCAACGCGCCACCAACGGUACUGAUGACACGCUCGAAUCCGACACAAAGCGAAAGUCGAUCGGUUCCAAACUCCUCUCCAAGUUCAGGCAUCAUUCCUCGGAUGACAAGCACGAGCACAUCCCCUCCUCUGCUCCCCGAUCCCAAGUCGCCAGCGGCUCUCAGACGCCCAGCCGCUCUCCGUGGGCCUCUGAAACCAAGAAACCAUUCCGACCAGAGAACCUGGAGCAGGCUCUAGCCCUUGAACAGCAUCGUCGCUCCAAGUCAAAGCAGGCCUCCUUCGGCAGCAUUGACGGGAUCCGACAGCGCAAAAUCUUCGGGUCGCGCAAAUCGAAAGUGCCGCUUCAGGACUCGGAUAUCGAGAGCCACGAUGAGCAUUCCGAGUCGGAGGCAGCUCCGCACUAUCUGUCCUCUCAGCCAGCCAACCUUGACCUCGUGAGAAGCGACGCAACCCGUCAUUUUCCUGGUGGCCUCUACGACGUCAGUCGCGACACUCCGCCCGAGGAUCCGCGGCGCUCUCAGGCAACCUCCGCACCACUGCACGCACCCACAUCCCUUGAGGAUCCGGAUCUCGACGUCUUCGCCCCCGUAGGAGAUGGAGGAGACGGACACGACGAUCUCUUCUUGGCGGACCACCACCAGGACUACGACUCGGACGGUUCAGACGACACCAUUGCGCAUCUCAUCCGCGAGGCCGACGGCUACGACAGUCUCCGCUUCAAUACCAAAGGCGAAGUCGCAGCAGGUCUCGACUACGACUUGCUCCAUGCCGCUCGCGAGAAAGAACGCUCGCUCAGCGAAAACAAGGACGCGCAAAGCGGCUUUAGUGCCUACAGCGGUGGCGCCUCCAAAGCGCUCAGCCAACCUUUGCUCGAGCUCGAGGACAUCGAGCUCGAGACUUUCCUGCAAAACUUCGCACGACACACCCGCGAGGUUACCGUUACACGCCCUUCCGGAAACCAAAAGUACAGGAUGCCAAAGUGGUCAGACUUUCGAGUCUCUCCCAACGACGAGAGCGCAGCAGUGCCGGACAGAAAGCGUCCCUCCAUGCUCACGCGCGUCGAUCGUGGUCUGCACCAUCUCUCGGAGAGUCUCGAGGCAUCGUCCAUCGCCAAAGCGGGCGCAAAGCUGACAGGGGAAGGCCGAACACCAUCGGGCACAGGCUCCGUGCCGCGAUCUCGGUCGGCAGAUGACGACCUCGACACCGCCUUACAUUCCCAACCAAGCCACACUUCUUCGCCGAAUAAGAAAAAGGACAAGUCGAAGAAGCUCAAUAAGCAGCACUCCUCCAAAGGCAAGGCGUCCAGUGCCUACACGGUGGAUGAGGAGGAGGAUGAAGACUGGGAUCUUGUCGUGCCGUCUUCCGGCGACGACGCACGACACGCCAUGUCUCUACGCGACGAAUUGCGAGUCAAUGCCGAAGACGAGGGCGUCGAUGGCGUCGCCUUCUGCAUCGCCUACAUCCUCGCGCUCGUCGAAAAGCUCGCUCCCGAGGAGAUCGACCAUCACCCCGACCGAGGCUACCGCGAAGGCCUCAUUCGCUCGCAUCUCGAGCGUCUCUACACCAUCGCGCCCUUCUGGGAGAACCUCGCCUUCCGCUUACGUCGACUCUACCGAUGGGAGGAUCCCAAAACUACCGCAGCCGCAGCCAUGAUUUACUUCGUCUUGUGGUACACCAACAUGAUCCCGACAGCCUUCAUCCUGACGAUCAUGUUCUACAUUAUGCGCUUCAAGUACUUUCCGCCCUCGGAAAGCUACCUCCACGAGAAGGUCAUGAUGCGCAUGGCUCGAGGCAAAGCAGCCAACACGUUGUCAGAGAAGCUGCGACGACGCAGCCGACUCGACAUCCUCAACAUCUACAAGAGAUGGAUCGUCACCUUUGGUGCGCCCACGCAGGAGGCCAUGGGCCUCGUGGCCGACUUUCACGAAAAGGUCAAGAACCUCAUCCUCUGGCGUAACUCGGCGGCGACGCGAAGGACGCUCAUCCUCUUCGGCGUUCUCAACCUCUUUGUGACCUUUGCACCGUCGCAGUACGUGUCCAAGGCCAUCUUCUUUUUCCUCGGCAUCACGUUCUUCUGCCUUCUGCCGCUGCAGAGCUACUUUCCCUCUCAUCGCAAGGCCCUCUCGCCGCUCUGGUGGGCUACAUUUGGCGCUCCGACGGAUGCGCAGUUCGCGGUCCAGCUGCUGCGCAAGCGUCACCUUGACAUUGACCGAUUCGCAGGUCAGCUCAGCACGGCCGAAGAUGUGCGGCGCGCCGUGCGUUCUCCCGGCGCCUCGAAGCUCAAGCCACGGCCUGAUCGCCGCGAGGAGGGCAUCGCGUAUGGCGACAUUGAGGAUCCUUCGCGCGCCAGCUUUGACUAUGUCGAGACGACCAAGGAUGCGACGCUCAAGCCGCGCAAGCUCGGCAGCUUCUUCUGCCAGUACAAGGGCUUGCCCGGCCGGCUGCACGUCAACACCAAGUAUCUCUACUUCACGCCGCUGCACUCGCCCUCGCUCAAGCGAGGUCGCACGCCUGUCGUGGCGAUCGAGUCGCUCAUCAAGACCAAGAGCAUCCGCCUCAUGGUGUGGAGCUCUUUGGGACUCAAGAUCGUGCGCAACAACGGCAAGGCGCCGCUGCUUCUCGCCAACGUCCAGCAUCGCGACGAGGCAUUCAAUCUGAUCCUCGCCGUCUCUACUAAUGCUGGUGCGAAACAAGCCGAUGUGGAGAAUUUGGCCGAAGAGUGGACCGUGCGAUUCAGGGUUUCAUUGCUGACCACCAUCAGCAGACAAUUCCUGUCGAGCCGGCGACUCGAGCGAGAUACAGAGAUGCAAGACCAAGUAGAUCGGCUGGUCAGCAAUCUGCUCGAGCAAGUCAAGAGGCUCGAGGGGGGACGGCGAGUUCUGGUGGGGAUAUCUGGCAUUCCGGGAUCGGGAAAGUCGCUUCUUGCCGUCAAUCUGGUCAGAGCUCUCAAUUCUGCGUGGCAAUCACGCCUAGAGGUGGCCUCGGGUGAGGAUGUGGCGAUCUGCGUAGGCAUGGAUGGGUGGCACUAUCCUCGUUCGGUGCUGUCCACCUUCCCUAACGCUCAAGAGGCUUUCGAUCGACGCGGUGCCGAGUGGACAUUCGACGCCAAGCGCUUUGCAGACUUUGUCGUGACGGUCAAGAGCACCGCUUCGACCCCGCUGUACGCGCCUUCGUUCGACCAUGCCAAGAAGGAUCCGUUGGAAGACGACGUGGCCGUGCUGCCCAGCCAUCGCGUCGUAGUGUUCGAAGGACUGUAUUGCAACUGCGAUGUGGGCGAAUGGAAGCGCGCAGCAGAGCAGUUUGAUGUCAGGCUCGUGUUCGAGAUCUCCAAACAGGACGCAAAGACACGUCUGAUCACAAGACACGUCGCCACCGGCGUAGCCAAGGACACGGAAGAGGCGAUCUGGAGAGCGGACAACAACGAUCUGCCCAACGGCGAUUGGCUCAUGUCGCAUUUGCUGGCGCCAUACACGGUGGUGACGAGCAUCGAUGAUCCAUCCUGGCGAUGA